AGAGCCCAGGAGUUGUUUACAGUCAGACCUCCAGACCUGCCUUCUCCUGCGGGGAGGUAUAUAGCACAGCUACACACCUGCCUCCUCCUGCGGAGUGGUAUAUAGCACAGCUACACACCUGCCUCCUCCUGCGGAGUGGUAUAUAGCACAGCUACACACCUGCCUCCUCCUGCGGGGUGGUAUAUAGCCACAGCUACACACCUGCCUCCUGUGGGGGUGGUAUAUAGUCACAGCUACACACCUGCCUCCUCCUGUGGGGUGGUAUAUAGCCACAGCUACACACCUGCCUCCUCCUGCUGGGUGGUAUAGCUACAAAUACACACCUGCCUCCUCCUGUGGGGUGGUAUAUAGCCACAGCUACACACCUGCCUCCUCCUGCUGGGUGGUAUAGCCAAAGCCACACACCUGCCGCCAUCACACCACGUAUUGAGAGGUCGUGGACGAAGCAACCCCUUGACUAGCAACACAUGCAGGUCAUGGGUGAAGCACCUGCCCAACAGGCAACAAGCACAGGUCAGGGAUAAAUUACCCUUCUGACAAGAAGGAAGUUGUCGGGAAUCAAACACCCUUCUGACUGGCAACAAGGAAGUUGUCGGGAAUCAAACACCCUUCUGACUGGCAACAAGGAAGUUGUCGGGAAUCAAACACCCUUCUGACUGGCAACAAGGAAGUUGAGCAGCAUUAGAAGCUGGCAAGCUAAAGCCAACACCACAUUUGAUUUUGAAGUGUUUGGCCAUGGAAAGGAGGUCACAGCCACGGCCCUACUCGCCCACACACUAUCAUCACUGUAAAAGAAGAGGAAGAGGAGGAAGAAGCGGCGGCCAAGAGUAUGGGACCGGUAAUUCUUAUCCAGCGUACCUUAAGGAUUAUCUAGCAUUUGUUGAAGAGAAACGAAGGCGAAUUCUUUCUUUGGUUGACGAUCCCUAUAACUGUGACUGGAGUGAAGACUGGGAAGCAAGUUGGCAGCCUCGUUUAGAAAGUUGGUUUGGUGGUAGCCGGGACACUGGAAGACAAGAGUGCUUCUCACUGCUGCCUAGUGAUACGACGGCUCUUCACACGCCCUCUCUACCUAGUGACUUUCUGUCCUCAAGCACCUCAUCACAUGCAAGAAACGAGGGGAGUAGAGUUUCGCAUAGUCAUCAUGAAGAUGCAGUGUACACACAAGAAAAGAGGGAUGACAAAUAUAGUCUCCUUGACGAUGGAGCAUGGGGACAUGGGGUGAGGGGUGACAAAAAUUAUCACCAUGAAGGUGGAGUGUGGAGACAAGGAAAGAGUAAUGACACAUAUAGUCACAAUGAAGGUGGAGCAUGGAGACAAGGAAAGAGUAAUGACACAUAUAGUCACAAUGAAGGUGGAGCAUGGAGACAAGGAAAGAGUAAUGACACUCACAAUCACCAUGAAGCUACAGCGUGGAGACAUGGGAUAAGGGAUCACAAAAAUAUUCACCAUGGUGAUGGAGCACAGAAUCAAGGAAAGAGGGAUGAUGAAUACAGUCACCAUGAUGAUGCAGUGUGGCAUCAAGGGACAAGGGAAAAGGAUGAUGAUGAUGGAACAUGGAGACCAGGAAAGAGGGAUGAUGAAUAUAGCCACCAUGAGGAUGGUGCAUGGACACAAGGAGCGAGGGAUGAGGACUAUAAUAAACAUGAGGAUGAAGUGUGGAGGCAAGGGAUGAGUGGCGACAAAUACACCCAUAAUGAAGAGGAAAGAACAUGGACAAUCAAGAAUAACACACACACAAACAGUAUCAGGAAGGAGGAUAGAAAUGAUGACUUCAGACAUAGAGUUGCUUCCCCUCAACUUCCCCAAGUUGAGUCAAUAAGUAUAAAAGUCUGGGAAAACCUGCUCCACGGAGGGGAAGCAAGUCGUCACAUUGCCAAGCUACUCAAUUUGAAGAAAGAAAAUGGCCAUUUUGCCAACCUGCUCCGGGGAAAGGGAGCAAGUAGCCAUAUUGCCAAACUGUUGAGCGUAGAGGAAACGAGUGAUCACGUCGCCAAACAGGGAUUACAGAGCAAGAGACAGAGUAAUGAAGAUGAAGUUUUGAAAAAGUCUAUGGAAAUGAUAUCAAAAUAUCAUUUGCAUGACUCUGAGCAUGUGGAACCAGUUAAACUUGUUGCAGCUGAAAGAGUCACCUCUUGCACGUCAGGAAAUGCUGUGUCGUUUACAGAUUUGAUUUCUGUGGGACAAAGUUCAUCUGGAAUGGGAGAGAAAAUAUCAUUGACAGAUAUGAUUUCUGUGCAACUUGGUUCCUCUAAAUUGAAGGAGAAAAGAUCAUUGACAGAUAUGAUUUCUGUGCAUCUUGGUUCCUCUAAAUUGAAGGAGAAAAUAUCAUUGACAGAUUUGAUUUCUAUGGAACUUGGUUCACCUAAAACGAAAGAGAAAAUAUCAUUGACAGACUUGAUUUCUGUGGAACUUGGUUCAUCUGAAACGAGAGAGAAAACAUCAUUAACAGAUUAUAUUUGUGGUAUAUUCAAGUAAGAGAGAAAAUAGCAUUAAACCUUACACUUCCAAUUGCAUAUCUGCAAUUUCCUCCUGCUCACAACUUGCCAUAUGCGAUUGAUCUUCAUGGGUUUCAAUACUUUUGUUUCAUGGCCCAUUAUGAUAUAAGACUUUUAAAUAGCUUAGCAGUUUAAGGGCUAACAGAUUUUUCUUUGAUAUAAAGCUCAAUUGUAAUGGAGAGAGUGAUUUUGGCAGAACUCCCUGAAAUAUCUGGUACAGUACUGUACUGUACCUCAAUAAAGAUACAUUGCCAGGUACAGUAGUUAUUUGUUGGAGACUUGUAACCUUGUUCUUAACAAAAUGCUGUAUCAUUGCCCAGCCCCCACAGUUUAGAAGCUUCUACAUUCAUUUUACACCUCUCACUCGCUCAAGCCAGUUGGCAGAUGUGACCUCACUUUUAAACAAGACUUCUGUCAGGUGACGUACAGGGCUGCCUGUUAGGUGGCUUCCAGGGCUGCCUGUCAGGUGGCUUUUAAGGCUGCCUGUUAGUUAACCCUUCUGCUCUACAAGUCAUACAGGGAUGAUUUAUAGUACAGCGCAAGAUUUAAAAUUCUGUGCAUACACAGGAUUUUUAAAUAUGCUCCCUCAGACAUCCAGUAAACGGACGUCAACUUGGAAAAAAAAAUCCUGGGUGCAUGCUGCAGCAGCUGACAGCACUGCCAUGUGGCUUGUGCCCGCACCAUCAUUAAAAUAUGAAGAAAUAAAGGUCUGAGAUUAUUUUGCAAUGAUAGUGUCAUAGAAGAUGCUGACUGUGAUAAUGACUGUACAAAGUUCAGAUAUCAACAAACAGAAUGCUGGUUGUGAUGAUCAGAGCAUGAAGCAGACAUUCUCAGCACACAGCCACGGUCUCGACGCAUCAAGAAAUAUGACCACAUGUUCAUUUACAAAAUAAAAUUGUGGACAUUUAUUCACAUUCAUGAUUAAGUGUCAAAAAAUCUUGAUGAUAAUAGAAGUGUGUGUCUAGACUUAGCAAUGUGCGUAAUAUACUGUGAGGCAUUUUGCUGCAUCAGGUUGCAUCAUGUGGUGGCAUCACCCGCCGGUAGUGUGUGGUGCUGUCCUGUGCUGGGAUAUACUGUGAGGCAUUUUGCUGCAUCAGGUAGCAUCAUGUGGUGGCAUCGCCCGCCAGUAGUGUGUGGUGCUGUCCUGUGCUGGGAUAUCAUUACCACACCCACCACAACAUCGCCCGCCAGUAGUGUGUGGUGCUGUCCUGUGCUGGGAUAUCAUUACCACACCCACCACAACAUCGCCCGCCAGUAGUGUGUGGUGCUGUCCUGUGCUGGGAUAUCAUUACCACACCCACCACAACAUCGCCCGCCAGUAGUGUGUGGUGCUGUCCUGUGCUUGGAUAUCAUUACCACACCCACCACAACAUCGCCCGCCGGUAGUGUGUGGUGCUGUCCUGUGCUUGGAUAUCAUUACCACACCCACCACAACUGUUUUAUUGCUUUGUUAUGGUGUAUAAAAAUGUAAAUAAUUAUAUAUUAUGUGUGUAUUUAUGCAAGAACAGCAAAAACUGUAUGUGUGUUUAAUUGUUCAAAGAAUAUAAUAUGAUGCACAUAUUAAUGACAUGAAACUGUGUGUGUAUCUAUGAUCUACUGUAUAUAUUCUGUGAUAUAAAUAACAGUAUUGACAGUCCAAUUGUAUCAUUGCAUUUGAAAAAUAAUGGUAAAACACUAGAAAUACAUUAUGAAGAAAAUGUUAUAUAUUCAAUGCGUGGAGUUCAUUUUGCACACAACCUGCAGAGCUGAACUCUGACCCCAAGAUAUGAGAUAAUGACACACACCAGACUGGCUUAGUGGUUUGUAAUUAUGCAAGAAAAUGUAUAUAGUAUAGUUAUAUGUAAAGUGUGUAUAUAGUAUAAUAACACCAAAAAAUGUUUUAUUCUAAGCAAAUAAUAUAGUAUACAUCUUAGUGACACACACACACAUUUAAGUACAGUAUUCCGAUCUUCCACACAUUUUAUUAUAUACUUUUCUCAAAAGAUAAACUGUUGAAUAAUGUUACUGAAAAAAAAAUUGAAAACUAAUGAGACACAUUGAAUAAAUGUGCAAAAAUACCUUCGUUGGAACUCCCGCUUCAUGGCUGGCUCGAAGUGACCACCCUGCAGCCGACUUGGGCUGAACGGUAGUGAUGUUCUCCCUUCGUGCAGGUCAGCGUUCAGUCCCCGACCAUUCCAUCCCCACCCCCCACCCCACCCCGUUCCAUCCCAAACCCUUAUCCUAACCCCUUCCAAGUGUUAUAUAGUUGUAAUGGCUUGGUGCUUUCCCCUGAUAGUUCCCUUCUCGCCCCUGCGGCGAUACCUUGAUGAACUCUCGGGGGAAUCUUGAUGUCAUCUGGAGACUCCCAGGCUUCACCGUGGCCGAAGUCAGUCACAUACAAUUUACUUUAUUAUUUUUCCCAUGAUCAGUGAAUGCAUUUUAACACUAUUAGAAGGAAAAAAUUUGGGGAUUUUUUUUUUUUUUUUUUUUUUUUUUUUUUUUUUUUUUUUUUGCGCACCAGAAGGUUGUCGGCUAUUAACAGGUAAUCAGGCCAGAGGUUAAAUUUUGAGGCUGUUUGUAUGUUGACUUCCAAGGCUGCUCCCAAGUAAUCGAUUAAGAUUACUAAAAGCUUCAACAAAUAAGAAUUUUGUAAUAUAAGAGUUCUUUCAAUGAUGUGUUUCUUCUGAAAAGUGCUGACUUUGUUAGCUUAGCAUUACCAGUAGUAACCGGUAUUAUACUUGUACUGUAAUGUUUUAAUGAAAUAUAAAUUCCCUGCUUUCUUGA